CCGCAUAUCUGUGACGUCAUUUUAGCGCGACGCCCAGUUGUCUUCCACCAUGUCUUCAAGAUUAGAAAUCAACUUUGUCCGGUUAUUGUCUCGCUGUGAGUCAAUGGCUUCGGUCAAACGGGGCGAGACCGAAUGGAGGUUGGAGAAGUAUGUUGGUGCCUUGGAAGAGAUGUUGGUGGCUAUGAGAAAAAGCAUGAGCAAACCCACUCCAGAGGUGCUCACAGAAUACACAAGAAAGGUGGAUUUUCUCAGAGGCCUUCUAGAAGCAGAGAAGCUGUCAUCCCCAACGGAAAAGGCUCUAGCUAAUCAAUUCCUCGCUCCGGGACGAACACCCACAAUAGCCAACGAGAGGAUGGCUGCGACUAAAACCGUUCACAUGCAGACCAAGGCCCGAUGUACGGGAGAAAUGAGGGAUGAGCUGCUUGGCACGGGCCUUUCAAACAAAGAAACCGAUUUGAGAAACAGAAAAGGGGUGCCUCUGGACGAGCAGCAGUCGGCCGCCGAGCUGGACGCCAUCUUGCAGCACCAGCACAACCUGCAGGAGAAGAUCGCCGAGGACAUGCUCAACCUGGCCAGGAAUUUGAAAAACAACACUCUGGCUGCACAGAGCAUCAUCAAGCAGGACAAUCAGACUUUGGGCCAGUCGAUGCAUCAAGCUGACGUCAACUUUGAGAAGCUGAAAACCGAGUCGGAGCGUCUGGAGCAGCACGCCAAGAAGUCAGUCAACUGGCUCCUGUGGCUCAUGCUCAUCCUGGUCUCCUUCACCUUUAUCAGCAUGAUUCUCUUCAUCAGACUCUUCCCCAGGCUCAGAUGAUGACACCUCGCCCACCCCUCAAAGACUUCAAAGUUCUCCACAGAUCUGUAUGGGUGAUGCAAUGUAAUAUCACUUGAGGUCAAGCGCUCCCUUUUUGUAGACUUCAAGUCUAACUUCUGUAUUUGUUGCUCUAAAGCAAUCAUCAAUAGGCCCAUAGGGCUACAAUAUGGUUGGAUGUUCAUUCUCAUCGUAAUGUCUACUAACAGCCAUCGUACGUCGACACUUAUAAUAAGGUGAGAUGUUGGCAGAGGAAGAACCCGUUUCAUUUUGUUGAUUAUUUAAACAAGAUGUGCAGGUUGGUCAGGCUUUGAGUCACCAAAUCCAGCAGAUGGAGCAGUGGUGAUACAAUUCUUUUGCUCUGCCAUCAUCAUUUUUCAACAAGCAGAAGCGAUUGGCUCGGACACAUUACAUAGACACACGUUCAGUGAAUAUAAAAAGUCUACACACCCUUGCUCGAUUGCCAGGCUUUUGUUCUACAUGUCUUUCUUUUUCUCACUAUUUACGUGACCUUACUUUUAAAACACGAUUGGAAAGUGAAAAUAAAAACCACUGUGAUGUC